GAGGAGACGUGGACUUUUCGGCACUUGUCGUGAUUCGACAGGGAGGCGAACAUGGGUCGACGGUGGCCGUUGUCGGGGCCCCCGACCGUAGGAAGCGGCGGUGGAGGACGGCCGAGACGAGCGUGCCUGAUACUGGCACUGGUCUGCUGCUCGCCGGUGCUCGUCCCCCUCGCUUGUUUCUCCGUCCCCUUUCUCUGCAUCGCUGGCCUCUGCCUCCGGGGCGGGCGACGCUGGGGGCGGCGGAAAACGCCUGGAUUCAAGGAAGGUGGCGUUCCGGCGCCGGAGCUGGCGAAGGAAGGACGACUGCUGCCCCGAUACUUGGAGGACCAACUGCGACUGGUUUCAGAUGUUUAUGCGGUCGACGACGAUGUCAAACCGCACGCCUCGUCCUCUUUAUCAGGAUUCGGAUUGGGGCAUUAAACAUUUAAACUGUAAAUCUGUAGUCCACUUCGAUUUUUUUUCUCUGAGUUGUUUUCUUUUUAUGAUAAAAAAAACACACGAGGAAGGAUUGAUGAUGAUUAUAAUGUG